AAUAGAAAUACUGUAUUGCAAACAUCAGAUGGUGAAGUGACUGAAGGUAACGCUGAUAAGAGUUACCCCAACGGGAGUUCAUAAUCAGUACAAAGGUCUAGUUGCUGCUUGUCGCAGGUGAGCCGCAGAGCGUUGCCAAGUGAACUCGCAGCGGACUUAACCUGUCGUUACUGCCCCUUUCGCCCAGUUCCCUGGCCUAGUCUCCUCCCUCAGUCUCCCCGGCUCCACCCCGCAGCCUAGUCUUGGACUCGCCGCCGCUUCCCCCUUGUUCGAGAUUCUCUGCUCCGAGCCGGCGUCAGGAGCGGCAGUCGGAUCUCCCUGGCAGCACAGAGCGGAUCGAGGUGCGGCUUCGCAAGUAAUGAAUCAUGGAAGUCAGUGUGCCAAAUCUGCCCUGUGGGACCUAUCUGGAAACAUGGGAACAAGGAUGUGAGGUGAUGAAUUUAGGAGGUGAUGAAAACCUUUUUCAAGAGAAUAAUGGUUUGAAAGACAAUCAGGAUGCCUGGAAGCACAACGCUGAGGUACAGACAAGUCCACCUCAGACGGAAAACCAGACUCAAAUGGAAAGUCAAUGUAAUGGGAAAAUGGCGAACUCUCAGACAAUACCCAUCUUUACGUAUUCUUUCAGCCCAGAUCAGGAGGUUUCCCAAAGCCCUUGCUUUCAGUUUGACAGGUUAGCUCCCGCCAGGGUCUCCUUGUCUCCAUCUCUUCAGAAAAUGAGACGAAAGAUGUUGAUACCUCAGCCGUUACGGGAAUUCUGGAAGGCAGAGAGUCCACUCAGUGACGCUGUGGACCCCACACUGUCUGAUAACUCACAGAGCCCAAGUCCAGCUGGCCAGUCCACAAGUGCGCAAACGCCAUCAGGCAAGGAGAUGCUGGAACUGCCACAACAGCCCGAGGACUGUGUGCAAAGUGUCGAAGGCCCUUUGGCUGCAAGUCAUCAAAAGACUGACUGGGUACCGAGCGCCCAUCAGACUGAAACAAGCACUCCUCUGUGGGCACGGCGAAGAGGUGAUUGCCAGCAGGUUAUGCUGGACAAUCUGAAGCAGACCACCCAGGAUGCAGAACCUGAAAGGCGCUUGUCCAGUCGUAGAGGCAGUUCAGUUGUUGUUUCUUUGCCUGAUCUUGAUGUAUUUCCAGGGGAUUUAUUAAUUCCCAAUGAUGCUGAACAUCUUUAUCGUACACCAUCGACACCCACUCUCAAUACAGAAUCAAAGAAGUUAAAAUGGCCUUUUACAAAACGAGGAAUGAGCAAAGUGAAGCAAAAGCCAAUAUCUGACCUAGAAAACCUUCUGGCAAAUUUGGAGAUCACAGACCAUGUGGAUCAGGGCUCACAGAGGUACAAGGACGAGUGCUGGCCACAAAUGGUGAAGAGUCAGAACUUUCACCCAGAGACGCAGCAGAAGGAGAAGAAGCUGCAGGAGGCCAUGUGGGAGAUCUUCACCACGGAAUGCACCUACCUCAGGGAUCAGUUGCAGGUGAUGGAGGAGGUUUUCCUGAACACUUUGAAGUAUCUGCAGAGCAGAGGAUGGCUUCUGGACGUUGACCCUCGGAGACUGUUUGCGAACCUCAAUGAAUUGUCCAAGGUGAGUUUGGACUUCUUGACCAGUCUUCUGGAAACAAUUCAGAGCUCCUGGGAUCUAUCAUCUCUCAUUGCAGUGCUGUCAAAGUUUCAGGAAAGACUGUGCUGCAGUCACCAGAGGUACUGCCUGAACUACUCCUCGGCCAACCUCUACCUCAAUAAUCUGAAGACCAGGGAGGACUUUGGAAUCUUUCUCAAGUGGUGUGAACAGAAGGAUCAGUGUAAGCGGCUGCAUCUCUCCGACCUGCUGGUCUCACCGCUGCAGAGGCUGACGAGGUACCCCCUGCUCCUGAGGGGUGUUUGGAACAGAAGCACUGACGCAGGUGCAAAGCAAGAGAUCGAAGCCAUCAUCAGACGGGUGGACAAUUCUAUUUGUGAUCUUGAAGGAAAAGUGAAAUGGCUGGAAAGGAUUCAGAAGUUCCAACAGCUCCAGGAGAUCAUUGUUUGGCCUGCAGUCUGGGAAAGGAACAAGAAAGCCUUUGUACCUGAGAGUCUUCGAUAUCUGGUCAAAGACAACCAUUUAGAUUGUCUUCUCUCGCCUGCAAACAGACAGAUGUUAUACGAAGGGAGAUUAGCCCUUGUAGGAGCUACAAAAUUCCUGGAUGUGCAUUUGUUUCUAUUUGAUGAUUUACUCUUAAUCACAAAGAUUAAAAAUGCAAAAAAGAAAGCUGCAGCCCUAGACACCGGGUUCAGAAACUCCUCGUCCAGUCCUGAGCUUCAAGCCAUAGUCAGGGACGGAGCUGUGUGUUGUGUACUUGAACAACCCAUUCCACUGGACAGAUUGACGCUGAAGAACAUCGAUCCAUUCCACUCAGCUGGGUCUGGACUGCGUGAUGCUUUUCUAGUCAUCCAUCAAAAUAGGUAUCAGCAGUGCAUAGGAAUCUUCACCCUUCAAGCACAUUCUGAGUCUGUUAAGAAAACAUGGAUAUCACACAUCGAGACAGCAUCAUCCGCAUACAAGGAUGCUAUCGACCCUCCUCGACUCCUACUGCGAUCAGCUGUGAAUGAAUCAGCAGAGAUUUAACUCUGGCACAACCUCUGCCCGCGUACCCCGUUCUGUUUGGUGUAUUUUGGGAAAAAACUACCUCCUGCGUUCAGUUUUGAAAGUACUUCAGGUUUUUAAUAAAAUUAUUAAGGCUUUUUACACAUCUGUUAUUUCAAUAUUCUACACGAAUACUAACACAUUAUAACGCCAAACUGGGUAGGUUGGACAUUUGUGGAUAAAACGUCACGCGGUGUCUGUGUCUCAGCAAGGCUGAACACCCACUGCCCACUCUAGCUGUGUUGCUUUGUAGGAAGAGGUCACAGGUUUGUCUCUGCAUCAAAAUGUUCAGGAUGCAGGGCAUGGCCAAAUGUCAAAGUUCAAAGUAAAUUUGUUAUCAAAGUAUGUAUUUGUCACCGUAUACUACCCCGAGAUUCAUUUUCAAGCAGGCAUUUACAGAAAACAUUAGAAUUUAUGAAAAACUAUACUUCACCUGCCACCUGAAACGAACAGCCUUCCACAGUGGGCUGCUGCUUGGGGUAUUAGCUGAAUGUCACUCUGUGCAUUGACUUCUUUCUGUGACAAAUCCAAACCUUUUGCUGAAUUUUCUACUCCUCUGCAGGAAUAUUAACCAUUACUACCCAGAAACUCGCUGAUUAGACCUCUGAGAUGAUUGUUCUCCUGUGGACUGAAACAGGGUUGUGUCCCAGGGAAAUACCAGUAACUUGCCUCCUGUCAGGUAGUGGUUCUGGAACUAGCCUCAUAAUAGGCUGUUCCCAGAUAGUGAACAAGUUCGUUUUGUUUCACAGUUGGAAAAUACACAAGAAUAGCUCAAUAUUGUAACCAUAUCUCCACAGCAUUGUAAAAGAAAAUGGCAUCAAAAGCAGGCAAAAUUAUUAAAGAACAAUCUCUUGGGGAAGGGGGAGGGGGGAUAAAUUGGUGCUGCUGUUUGUAGGAAUAAACAUAAGUUAGAGUUGUGUAUUCAUUAAUUUUUGGGAGCUCACUUGUAUGUACAGGUUGUCCAUGACAUAGGUGUUUGUCACCCAGAGAUGGCCUGACGGUUUGCUUUAAGAUGUGGUGGGGGCAGGAUUCACUGAGGCCUUGGAGGAGGAAUUGGACAAAUGCACGUUGAAGAUAAGCAUGGGGAGUGGCCCUGGUGGGAAGACUAUAGAUGUACUGGGCAGAGUAGGCUCCUGUGUGACGAUUUUACAGUCUGUUGCACGGUAGGCCAGUAUGUAAGCCGGUGAUCUCGGGCUGCCUGAGGGGCUUCCUUCACUGAUGCCGUCAGGAGUGGGAACUCACCGUUUCAACUCAUUCCUGGGUCACCUGCAGCUCCUGAGACGUCCCCGAGGCUUAUGGGAAGUUAAGGGUAAAAGGCUGGGGAUAGACAAUAAAUAACAACUCAACAAUUUCAAGCAUAACAAAAUCCACAACUCCGUUAUCUACCUUCUUGCCUCCUUGGUAGCAACUCCGCCUCUCUCACACCCGAGUUCGAGCCCAGAGUUUGGGGUCCUGUCUCCGGCUAAUCCGGGGGUCAAUCAGAAGUCUAGAACUUGAAGCCCAGUGGCCGAAGCCUGGAAUCUGGAGACCUGAGCUGGAGUAGGAGGAAUCUGUGUGUUGAGUGGGAGGGAAGGGGCCUCUUUUGUUGCUUGUUGUGUUCUGUGUUGUCCUGCAGAGCAUUGUGGGCACUCUAUGUUGUCGCUGGAGUUUGUGGCAACACUUGUGGGCUGACCUCAACACAUCCUUAGGUUGUGUUGGUUGUUAAUACAAACUGUGCUUCUCCCAGUAUUGAUGUACUUGUGGUCAAUCUGAAUCUGAAAUUACACCACCUCCCCCAUACCACACAGUCGUUAGCUACAAAAUCCAUUACUGUACUUGCAUUAUACAGUUUCCAUAUCAACUUUAAAUGCGUUGAAAGAUUAAAAUAUCUGCAAAACCAGGAAAUGAAAUUUAAAAAAACAGAAUGUGUUGGAAAC